CUGCCCCACGAGGUGAUGGGGAUCAGGGACUACCCGUUCCUGCCGAGGGCGGACGGGUCGGGCAACCCGAGGAGGUACCCCGGUCACGAGGAGGCGCUGGCGUACUUGGAGGAUUUCGCGAGGGAGUUCGGGCUUGAAGAAGUGGUGAGGUUCGAGGAGGAGAUUGUGGGGGUCGGGAAGGCCGAGGAGGGUGGAAAGUGGAAGGUGUCAUCGAGGAUGAGGAGUGGCGGCGGCGGCGGAGGUGGCGGCGGAGAAGAGGAGGUUUUUGAUGCGGCGGUUGUCUGUAACGGGCAUUACACGGAGCCCCGAAUCGCCGAAAUCCCCGGCAUUGAUCUGUGGCCGGACUAUCGUACACCCGAGCCAUUUCAGGAUCUAGUUGUUGUUUUGAUAGGGAGUGCUGCAAGUGCCGUGGACGUCUCUCGGGACAUCGCCAAGGUUGCCAAAGAAGUUCAUGUGGCAUCUAGAUCAUAUGAAUACGACACUCUUGGAAUGCAAUCCGGCCAUGAUAAUAUGAGGCUUCAUCCCAUGAUCGAGAAGGCCCAUGAAGAUGGUAAAGUCACCUUCCUUGACGGGAGUUCUGUAGACGCUAAUGUCAUUCUACAUUGCACUGGGUACAAAUAUCAUUUCCCUUUUCUUGAAACCAAUGGAAUUGUGUCCGUAGAUGACAAUCGUGUCGGACCUUUAUAAAAGCACGUAUUCCCACCACAUCUAGCGCCUUGGCUAUCAUUUGUAGGAUUGCCAUGGAAGGUCGUACCAUUUCCCCAGUUUGAAUAUCAGAGCAGGUGGAUUGCCGGUGCUUUGUCUGGUAGAAUCGCUCUUCCAUCAGAGGAGGAGAUGAUGGAAGAUGUAGAAGAUUUGUACUCUGAACUCGAAGCUCUGGGUAUACCAAAGCGAUAUACUCAUAACUUAGCCAGCUCUCAGUUUGAGUACAACGAUUGGCUCGCGAUACAGAGCGGAUCUCGACCGUCUGAGGAAUGGAGGAAGGAAAUGUACUCAGAAAGUAUGAGGAAGAUGCGAGCCCGACCCGAGGUGUACCGUGAUGAGGAGAUUGACGAGACAUUGAUUUCAGAAGCACACGAGGACUUCGCCAAAUUCCCUUUGCGUCGAUGA